UUCUUUCUUGUAAUUCCAUCAACGCCCCACCUCCUCCCAUCCCAUCCCCUUCUUCAUCACCUCACUUCCUACCCUUUUACCCUUUACCCCUUGUUGUUGUUGGGAUUCCUAUUUCUUCUUCCAUGACCGCACCAGACUAAAAGAAAAGAACCAACAAAAACAACCAUGCCUGUGGUGCUUGCCGACGACUCUACCACAAUGGCUGAGCAAAUUAGGUGCAGAAAGUCCAGAAAUCCUCUCCUCCACCACAACCCCGAAAGAGAUCCGGAUCCCGUCCGCUGCAAGCCCACCAUUUCCUCUAUCCUCCUUUCUUCCAGCCCUGCCAAUGAAACCACUGCCUCCAACUCCAAGAAAAAGAAUUUCACAUCUGCAACCUUCCGAGGUUUGGGCUGCACCGCCUCCUCGCAAGUCUCGGUGCCGGCAGUAAUAAGAACAUCGGCCAAUUGGGAAACCAAGAAGUUGAAAAAGAAAAGGCUCAAGACCAAGACCAAGAAAAGUGCCCACGACAAGAUACCCCCCGUUCCAAACAACUCUGCUUCAGCUGCUACGAGCAACAACAAUCCUUCCCCACAAUCCUCGCUUUCUUUGGCAUUGUCGUCCACUUGUGUGAGUGUGCCCGAUGUCUGGUGCGGACCCGGAAUGGGGCUAACCACUGAUGCCGCCUCUGUAGAUUGUGUUGUUUCGAGACGCCCUGCCAGGGGCAAAGUUGAUGGUGUCGACAGAAGUGUUCUUGGUCCGAGGGAGCGUUCAAAUAAUAUGAGGAGGAUGGUUGCUCCUGAAGACGAUCCUUUCCUUGACUCUGACACUACUUCUGGAGUGCCUCGCAUUCAUACUGGGGUUUCAGCAUCAAGACAUUAUCGAAAUGCCAGACAUGGCUUCCAUGGAGGGCUUGCUGAGAUUGUGAUGCUCCAAAACAGUCUGUUGAUGGGAGGGAGGUUGGAUGGGCUCGAUAGAUACAGAGACCUGAGACUUGAUGUUGACAACAUGUCAUAUGAGGAAUUACUGGAACUUGGUGAUAGGAUCGGGUACGUGAACACUGGACUGGGCGAAGACGACAUCACUCGCUGCCUGAGGAGAACAAAGCUGGCAAUGUUGGGUGAUCUGUCAUUACAUUUUGCUUCAGAAAUGGAAAGAAAAUGCAGUAUAUGCCAGGAGGAAUAUGAAGGAGAAGAUGAGAUGGGGAAGCUGAGGUGUGGGCACUUGUAUCACUUGGAAUGCAUAAAGCAGUGGCUGGGGAAUAAGAACAGCUGCCCCAUAUGUAAAACAGCAGCAGCCACCGCCAAGCCUAUACCUGCGCCUCCCUCCUCAACGUGCUGAAUAGAACCUUCCUUCCUUCCUUCACAGAAUGGAUGGACAGACGGAUGGAUGUGUUGUAUGUAUAUAAGGAUGAUGAUGAUGAUGAUUUCAAAUUUCAUUUUCUGGAAAAGAAAAAGAUCAUUCUUUGAUGUGGUGUGGCAGGGGCUACUGCCAUGCCGUGCCAUCUCUCUCUUUUUGUUGAUCACAGAUGUGGUGUGUUCUUCUUCAUCCCAAAUGGGAUUGGCUGCAGUUUGUUGUCUGGUUGAUGGAA